GCCAGUAGAGACUUUGAUAUGUUUAUAAAAUAACAGAACAGUCCAGAUAGGCCAGGGGUGGACAUGGAGAAGUACUCUGGGUAGUCUGACUAAGCCGACUCAGCCUUUGGCUGAUGAAGGCGAAGCAGACGGACCCCUACCCUGGGUCUUAAAACAUGAGGGGAGGCGUUGAGUGACUGAGCUGCAAAGUUCAUGUCCUCAUGCCGACCAAUGUACAUUAUGUUACCACAGAGGUCAGCUGGACACCGGCCACAGUGGUGGUAUGGGCUGAAGACUCUCCCCAGGCCAAAGUUCUCCGUGUGCGUUCUGGGAGACCAGCAGCAUUGUGACGAGGCCAAAGCUGCAGACAUGCCACACAUGGACAUCGAGGCUCUCAAGAAGCUCAACAAGAACAAGAAGAUGGUCAAGAAGCUCGCCAAGAAGUAUGACGCCUUCCUGGCCUCAGAGUCUCUGAUCAAGCAGAUCCCACGUAUCCUCGGUCCUGGGCUGAAUAAGGCUGGCAAGUUCCCCUCCCUGCUCACCCACAACGAGAACCUGAACACCAAGGUGGACGAGGUCAAAUCCACCAUCAAAUUCCAGAUGAAGAAGGUGCUCUGUCUGGCUGUGGCUGUAGGACACGUAAAGAUGACAGAGGAGGAGCUGGUGUACAACAUCCAUCUGGCCGUCAACUUCCUGGUGUCUCUGCUGAAGAAGAACUGGCAGAACGUCCGCGCCCUCUACGUCAAGAGCACCAUGGGCAAACCCCAGCGUCUCUACUAAAUGACCGCUUUUCAGUUAAUAAAAAAAAUGAAGAUGCUCCAA